GGCGGGGCGGGGGGGGAAGGAGGUCAGAGGUGACUCCCGCCAUUCCGCGGCGGGUCGGGUGGUGCGGGGCGGUGCGGGGCGGCGGGAGCUGCCGCCGCCGCCUCCCCCCCCCCCCCCUCCUCAGGCACUGCCGGCGCGGAGCGGAGCGGGGCGGGCCGGGCCAUCCCGGGCCCGGCCGCCCACCACCACCGCCACCAUACCCCCCCUUCCUUCCCGCUGCCGCCGCCCCCCGGCCGCCACCAUGCAGGAGCUCAUCGCCAGCGUGGAUCACAUCAAGUUCGACCUGGAGCUGGCCGUGGAGCAGCAGCUGGGGGCGCAGCCCUUGCCCUUCCCCGGCAUGGACAAAUCGGGCGCAGCUGUCUGUGAAUUUUUUUUAAAGGCGGCAUGCGGAAAAGGAGGCAUGUGUCCAUUCCGACACAUCAGUGGGGAAAAGACAGUUGUUUGCAAACACUGGCUACGAGGACUGUGCAAAAAGGGAGACCAGUGCGAGUUUCUGCAUGAGUACGACAUGACCAAGAUGCCUGAGUGUUACUUCUACUCCAAAUUUGGGGAAUGCAGUAACAAAGAAUGUCCAUUCUUGCACAUUGACCCGGAGUCUAAGAUCAAAGACUGUCCCUGGUAUGACAGAGGCUUCUGUAAACAUGGUCCCCUCUGCAGACACCGGCAUACUCGAAGAGUCAUUUGUGUGAAUUACCUAGUAGGAUUCUGUCCGGAGGGGCCUACCUGUAAAUUCAUGCACCCUCGGUUUGAACUGCCAAUGGGAACCACAGAGCAACCACCACUGCCUCAGCCGACACAAACACAGCAAAAGAGGACACCCCAAGUCAUCGGAGUCAUGCAGUCUCAAAAUAACAACACUGGGAACAGAGGACCCCGGCCGUUGGAGCAGGUCACCUGCUACAAGUGUGGUGAAAAAGGUCAUUAUGCCAACAGAUGCACCAAAGGACACCUGGCCUUUCUCAGUGGACAGUGAAAGAGCCGAACGAAGAGUGCAAGGGAGCUAUUAGCACUGAGAAAAGGUUUCUGCCUGUCUCGAACUAUUAAUCAGGUUGUUUUUUAAUGCCAUUACUGAAAGAACCGGUCAGAGGCUGGCUGCUGCUAAGCAACAUUUUUGUAAUUGUCCACAACUUUUUUUUUAUGUUUUAACCUUUUUAAAAAUAGAUUUUGGCCUCCGCCUAUUUUCAUUGAGCCCUGCUGAAGGGUAGAUCUAACAGCCAAUAGAUAUGCAAACCCCUCACCCAUGCGGCACUCUACGUAAAUGCAUCUUUUUGCCAGUGUUUCUUUAAAGUGUUUUCCUUCUACCACUUCUCUUUGGAGAACCUGCAGCGUUUCAGCCCUCUCUGUGGAAGCAGGAAGACUGACUGGGAAAACUUAAUACUUGAAAUGCCUUCCCUUCAGUGAGGAAGCAGGGAUUCUGCUGUCCUGUAGCUCUUAAAAAGCAAAGUAUGUUCCCAGCCCCAGCCUGUCGUAGUCAGUAAGCUUGUCCUGGUGGCUGACUUGACGCAUCACGUACGUCAGGCUGUAAAACUCGCCCACUUGCUUUGUUUCUGUGCUUCUUGCUGUACUGAAGGUUAGAAAUUAAUCUUCUGGGUGAGAACCGAUCAAGGGGAGAAUAAAUUGGCAUCUCAGUGGUUAGCCAAACUGUGAGGAACGAUGAUUGUAGGAAAGCUGCAACUGUGCUCAUUACCCACUUGCAAAAAGCAAGAGGGGGAAUGAACACAGCUGGAAGGGUCAGAAUAGGAGAGCCUUGCCUCAGUGCCCCGGUCGUCCAGCUCACACUGAGCGGGUAUUUCCAUAGCCUAGAGAACACCAGGAAAUGGAGAUGUAUAUUCUCAUGGAACACUGCUUUUAGAAGUGGUAGAACAUUCUUCUGAAAGCAAUUUUAGCAAGCCAAAACCCAUUCAUUUUGUGAGAAGAGUAUUUCAAAAGGGCCAAUGAUAAAAUGUGAAUUAAAAAACAAAAACAAAAACAAAAACAACCAAACAAUUGCACCUACGAUAUGAGCCUUAUUGAUUCUAACCCAUUUGCUGACUGCCUUUAUACUUUGUUUUUAUUGAAAUGUACUGAUGGAAAAACCUGGCUGUGAAUUUUUUUUUUUUUUUAAGAACAAGGUAAUAUGACUAGAUUAAGAGAAGUGACCGGAGCCUA